AUGGCAUCGACUAACCAAGAAAUGUUACGUCACGUUGUAUUGAUCAAAUUCAAAGAGAAUACCAAACCAGAAGAUAUAUCUCGACUCGAACAAGAAUUUCGAACAUUGGCUACAGUCAAAAUUAAUCAAGUCAAGCAAUUCGAAUGGGGUACACAUACGGGAAAAGAUAAUCGCAAUCAAGGAUAUACACAUUUUUUUUGUCUUACUUUUACUAAUCAAGAAGAUCUUGAUACAUACAGUAAUCAUGAUGAUCACAAAGAAUUUGUCAAGAAUUUGAAAUUACACUUAGAUGGAUCGCUUGUCAUUGACUAUUUUGCAAAACAUUAA